UUUAAUGGUGUCAAAAUCUCAUUUUCGAAAAAAGUGUCAGUUACGUCAUAAGUGGUAGUAAUGCACUUUGCAGUUACAUAAUAUGUAAGUUGUAACUUGCAUUAUUUUAUUUUACGUGCACAGUGGCCAGCGUACGCUAUAUAUAUAACACACAGUAUUGUUAUAUAAUAUUAAUAACAAUUAUAAUUUUAUAUUAUUAUUAUUAUUACCAAUGAGCUUUAUCAUAUACCCGGAAUAACAUAUAAAUACGAUAAACAAAACAACAAGACGUCUUAAACGGAACAGUUGAUUCAGUUGUUUGUGUAAGCCGUAAGGUUGUGUUAUGUAAAAUUAUAAAAGAGGGGAGCAGUGAGCACGAUAUAGGUAUAGACUGUAGCAAGAUAAGAUUAUAUUUGAAAAAGAUGAUCGAAUGCACUACGUUCCAGCCGUGUGUAAACUGUAAAGGCCCAUGCCACGAUCAAAUUGUCGCGAUGAUGUACGUUGGCCAAAACUGAUGAAAUAAAGCAAUAUAUCCAUUGCCAGUUCAGCAGUUAAUAUGUUUCCCAGCGUUUCGGCAGGUUUGCGUUCGAGCAAAGCCGUCACGUUGUAUUUGUUGAAUUUGAUGUGUUUUAUUUCAAGCAUUUGUACACUAUGGAUCACAAUUGCAGUGUGCUUGAAGUUCUACUACCGUCGGUCGUUCAUCACUCUGAACUUGUUAGAAUCUUCGUCAUUGCUGUUUAUCCUAGGCUUAUGCGUGUUGCUGUUGACCAUUCACGGAUUGUUCGGUAUUCUGAAACCGAAUAGGUUUUACUUGAUUUUUUUGGCCACUGUGUUCACGGUAAUAAUGAUAGUGGAGUUCUUGUUGGCUGGAUCAGUUUACGAGAUAAAAUCCGAAGAUUUAAACAAAGUAUACAGCCGAAUGAAUUUAACAAUGAGUGAAUAUAACCAACUCGAUCGCAGUUCUAUUACCGAGUCAUGGAACGAAUUACAAAAAGAUUUGAAAUGUUGUGGAACUACUGGACCGUCGAGCUGGAGUUCCUUUAUGGAAAACAAUUAUUUACCAGUAGCUUGUUGUUAUGAUAAUGAUCAAAUGGAUUCCUGCAGUGUUAAUUCUAAUGUAUACGAAAGUGGUUGCUUAGAUAAAUUAAAAACUGAAAUUUUAAGCUAUAGUAAUGAACUACUUUGGAAUUGUAUACUAUUUGCAUCAUUACAGCUCCUGUUUAUACUACUAGUAUGCUACUGGCGUUUUCCAAUCGAAACGAGUGAAUAUACUUCUUUAUAAAGUCUACACACGUAAAAAAUAUUAUUAUUAUGUGUUCCAUAAAUCUUAAUCGUCUAAAAAUGUAAAAUUAUUUUUUUGUUUCUGACAUCUGUUAUAUUUUAGUACAACAUGUAUGUAAGUCUACUUAAUAAUAUACUAACUGAAAAAUAAUACUAUUAUUGUUAUUAGGCAUAAAUGUUUAAUGUUGACACUGCCUAUAAUACAUAUUAUUAUA